UGGAAUUUCGUCCUGGAAGACAUGUACAAGAACGAUCCGCCCGCGCAAUAUGCCGCGCAUGCUCAGCCCGUGGAUGCGUACGGACAACCGAUCGCGAUGGCAGCCCCUGUUCCAUACACUAGCUCUGCGUCGGUGGGUAAUGUGACGCCUAUCAAGCCUUCAGUCUCUGCCCCGUCCGGAUUCCGCGACUGGCCGUUCGCGUUGUUAUUCAUCGCCAACAUCGGUGCAAUUGUGGCGCUGUUGAUCAUGUAUGGAUCUACAGUGUUCAAGGCACUCAAUGGAACGUCCAAGUCGGCGUUUUCUUCAUCGACGUUCUCGUCAGGCGAUGUCAAGACGAUCUUGUAUCUUUGUGGUGGGUUGUCGGUCAUUGCAGCGGUCCUGUCGCUGGUGAUGCUCAACCUUACCAUUCGUUUUGCCCGCCAAAUGAUUCAAGUCGCGUUGUGGUGGAGUGUCGUUAUGUUUUUCGGGUUCACCGCGUUUGCCGUCAUUCGAAAGCUCUACACUCCAGCGAUUAUCUUUGCAAUCAUCGGGCUGUUUGCGCUGUGCUAUGCCUAUGCCGUCCAAAGCCGCAUUCCCUUCGCGGCAGCCAAUUUGCGCGCGGCUGGGGCUGCAAUUCGCAAGCAUCCGUCGACUCACCUCGUGGCAUUUGCAUUUUUGAUUGUACAAAUCGCAUGGGUGUUCGCGUGGGCGUUUGCUGUGGUCGGGAUUACAAACAAGAUGACGGAAACCUCCACCCCUGCCCCGACUCCGCUGUCCGCGACCUUGUCCAACGGCAGGCGAUGCAGCAGCAGCUUGCAAUGCUUCUCCAACUACUGCUUCAACGCUGUGUGCCAAGAACCCAACGUGUUUGCAACUCUAAAGUCGACGUCGUAUGUGGCGUACUUUUUCUUGUUGCUUUCGUUCUUCUGGGGUGUCCAAGUUUUCAAAAAUAUCAUCCACGCGACAGUGGCUGGCACAGUGGCCACGUGGUGGUUUUCCAGCGACUCAAAGGGCGCGACUGGCGCAUCGUUGGGUCGCGCCACCACGACAUCGCUGGGCUCGAUCUGCCUGGGCUCGUUGAUUGUGGCCAUCCUCCAAACAUUGCGCCAGCUGGCCGAAGAAGCCGCCCGUCAAGGUGACUGCGCGGCGUGCAUUGCGCAAUGCAUUCUGGGCUGCCUCCAGAGCCUGAUGGAAACGUUCAACAGGUGGGCAUUUGUGUAUGUGGGCAUCUACGGGUACAAGUUCAUCGAUGCCGGCCGUGCAGUCAUGCAACUCUUCCAUGACCGCGGGUUCGAUGCAAUUAUCAACGACGACCUGGUCGGGACGGCGCUCACCUUUGCCGCGUUUGGUGUGGGCUGCCUGUGUGCGCUCCUUGGCCUCGUGUACUACUACAUCGACGUGUCGAACCAGUUUCAGUAUGCGCAGUACAUUUUGCCGUUGAUCGGGCUCUUCUUUGGCUUGGGCGUUGCGAUCAUUCCCAUGGGCGUCGUCGAUAGUGCCGUGGCGACUGUCUUUGUGUGCUUCGCAGAAGACCCCGUCGCGCUGCAGCAUUCGCACCCGGAACAUUUCAGCGAUCUCAUGACGGAAUGGCACCGCCAGUACCCAGAGAUCAUGGUCACGUCUGGGUAUUACGUCGUGGCCUAACUUUGUGAAUUGCAUUCCUUUUGAACGA